AAUGAAACCCUCGAGGCGGUUUCUCCACUCGAGGAUCUUUGGUUGUUUAAAAUAAAUGUCUUUUAUUUUCUCUUUCAGAAUGGUGUGAAGGCCUCGACACGGCUGACACCGCAGCGCACGAUCCCAGGUGUUUAAUCCGACCUCUGUGCAUCAGUUUGUUUCCCGGAGUCACGUGGGGAUGAGACCGCGCUUGCAAAAAGGACGGACUUACAGCGGCCUCGCUAAAGGUCACCGUCCCCCAAAGGUCAUGUGGCGGCCCCUGGCGCUGUGGCUACUCGCCCUGAUCUCCGCGACCCAGCGGCCGGCCGCGGGACAGACCCUGAGCACCUUCCCCUCGGAGAGGCGGGACUGGCCGCUGAGCCACCUGGCCGUGCACCGGUCCAGCGGCGCCCUGUACGUGGGCGCCGUCAACCGGGUCUACAAGCUGUCGGCCAACCUCACGCUCCUGGUGUCCCACGACACGGGGCCGGAGUACGACAACAAAGCGUGCUACCCGCCGCUCAUCGUCCAGCCCUGCUCCGAGCCGCUCGCCGCCACCGACAACGUCAACAAGCUGCUGCUCAUCGACUACUCGCACGGCCGCCUGCUGGCCUGCGGCAGCCUCUACCAGGGCGUCUGCAAGCUGCUGAGGCUGGACGACCUGUUCAUCCUGGUGGAGCCCACGCACAAGAAGGAGCACUACCUGUCCAGCGACAACCGGACGGGCACCAUGUACGGGGUGGUGGUGCCCUCGCCGGGCCAGGACGCCACCCUGUACGUGGGCACGGCGGUGGGCGGCAAACAGGACUACUUCCCGACCAUCUCCAGCCGCAAGCUGCCGCGCGACCCGGAGUCCUCGGCCAUGCUGGACUACGAGCUGCACACCGACUUUGUCUCCUCCCUCAUCAAGAUCCCGUCGGACACGCUGGCCCUCGUGCCGCACUUUGACAUCUACUACGUCUACGGCUUCGCCAGCGGCAGCUUCGUCUACUUCCUGACGGUGCAGCCGGAGACGCCGGAGAGCGGGAUGCCCGCCGGCGGCUCCGCCGGCGACCUCUUCUACACCUCCCGCAUCAUCCGCCUGUGCAAGGGCGACAAGAAGUUCCACUCGUACGUGUCGCUGCCCGUGGGCUGCGUGCACAAAGGCGAGGAGUACCGCCUGCUGCAGGCGGCCCACCUGUCCAAGGCCGGCGGGGCUCUGGCCAAGUCGCUCAACAUCAGCGCCCAGGAGGACGUGCUGUUCGCCGUGUUCUCCAAGGGGCAGAAGCAGUGCCACGACCCUCCGGACCACUCCGCCCUCUGCGUCUUCACCAUCCGAGACGUCAACGCGCGCAUCAAGGAGCGGCUGCAGUCCUGCUACCAGGGGGAGGGAAACCUGGAGCUGCACUGGCUGCUGGGAAAAGACGUGCAGUGCACCAAGGCGCCGGUUCCCAUCGACGACCACUUCUGCGGCCUGGACAUAAACCAGCCCCUGGGGGGUUCCCGGCUGGUGUCGGGUCGGACGCUGUACACGGAGAGCAGGGACAGGCUGACCUCCGUCACCUCCUACGUCUACCACGGACACAGCGUGAUCUUCCUGGGGACCAGGAGCGGGCGGCUGAAGAAGGUCAGAGUGGACGGCCCUCUGGUGGGGGGCGUGCUGUACGAGACGGUGGUCGUGAUGAAGGACGGCGGCCCCAUCCUCCGGGACAUGGCCUUCUCCCUGGACCGGAGCUCUCUCUACGUCAUGUCCGACACUCAGGUGAGGAGA